AUGUUGUUGCUUUCUCGUUUGGCUGCUCUGGCAGCUGUUGGUGGUCUUGUUACUGCUCUGCCUCCUCAAUCACCUAGUCCUCCUGCUCCCCUUACUCCUCCCAGUGCUCCCAAUGCACCAAGCUCUCCAAGCCUACCUAAGGCACCUGCACCGCCCACUCCUCCCCAAGCACCCGCAAAGCCUAGUGCUCCUUCCUCUUCGUCCGUUGUCAAUUCCACCAUUUGUGGAGGUCAGACUUAUGUCUACCAGGAAUUGGCUGGCUAUGGCUUCAUCAAAAGCGAUGCCAGAGACAAGUUUGGAGAUACUCUGGGUGGAAUUGGGUCGUCCAUUGCCAUUGACCAAAAGACUUGGAAGAAGAUGGGGCCAAACUCUUAUCAAGGGAUUUUGUGGGCGUUACCUGGUAAGUCUUUUGCUUCUGCUGCACUUUCAAUGAACCACGACAGUGCAACUCCCGAUUGA